UUCCAAGGAGUGGAGCAGUUGGUGAGGAAGGAGGUUUCCGUUGAGCACAAAGGAAAGGAGAGAAGAAACAGAGCUUCAGAGCUAUGGCAGCAGAAGCAGGGACACAGGUGGUCCAUAUGGGAUCCACUUUUCCAGAUGCUGCAGUGAGAAUCUGAGCUUUUAGUCACCAUGCAACACGUUACUGGAGAUUUGAUGCUUUAACUUGAGCUGACUGGGAUUUGGCCACAAAGCUGUCUCUGAAGGAAAAAAAAAAAAAAAAAAAAAAGCAAAGACCUGUGGGCCUGGACACCAGCUAUUUUAUUUUCCAAAAGAGUUGGCAGGCGCUGUCGUGAGUUCUCCUGGUCUCGGGUCCUGUGGUCUCUUGAGAGUCUGAAGAGAUGGCUGCAGCGGCAGUAGCUGGACUGAUCCCUGUGCUACACUCUGUGGCUGGUGACAAAUCCGGCUACUACAUUGGACGGCAGCUGUGGUUUGGCUUCAUUGCUGUGUAUGGAGUGGUGGUGUACGUGGUCCGCAUGCCAUGGGCCCCCAUCCAUGAAGAUUUCUGGUGCCACGGCAACAUCACCAAUGUUUGUUUAAUUGAGUGUUUUGAGAAACGUUUUAGCAGUCCUGUAGUGGGAAUUUGGUACUUCUUUUUCUUUAUUUUCUUGGCCCUCUUCUUCCUCAUGGAAUUCUUCAUGGCCCAGAUUCGACAUAAGCAGAACAAAGCCAAGUCAGUGGAGUCAGUGGCAGAUGAAAUGGAGGAGGGCUCCAUGGUGGGAAUCCAGGAGCAUGUCCCUUCUCCAAAGAAGUCCAUCCUGAACUUCCACCAAGAGAAGAUGCUUUUGCUUUUGUACCUCCUCUACUUUCUCCUGCAGGUUGGUGCACAGUGCGUGUUUUUAGUCCUUCUCAUGUACCAACACCUGCCCCUGGUGAGCCAAGCCGUCAUGCGCUGCAGCACCGAGAGCUGCCCUGGACCCUAUUUCUGCCUGAUCCGGGGUACUAUGGAGAAGCGAAUGUCCAUCUACACCCUCAUUACCUUGUCCUUCAUGAUCAUCCUCUUCUGCUUAGGUUUCUUCAUGUACAGCAUCCACCAUUACCUGUUAAAAGGGCUUGCCAGUGCUAAGUUUUGGCUUGACUAACUUUUGGAAGUUUUCACUGAGAGUCUCCUUCCUUACACUAGGAAGCUUGUGUUCCUUUAAAUAUUGUGUCUGGGGCAGGGCUUCCUCCUGCUAACUUUCUUUGCUUUAGACCUUCAUAAUAAACCUUGGUUGUUCUUGUUUCCUUCCUCUACA